CAACUUUCCCGUUUCAAUCUUCAACUUUUAAUGAUUACCUCAUAGGGAUAUAUAUAUAGCUCUCCGUCCUAGCCACAGGCCUACGUCCCGACUGGUUCAUCUAGGUACCUUAGGCGAUAUGACAUCGCGUCCAUCGGCAGCAGCCGAUAGACAACGGGCAGCCGAAACCACCUCACCCGAGCCCGUUCCGAAUCUAGUCGGCCCGCCAUCGUCCAGCUCUUCGGCUACCGACGUCGACUCAUACUGGACAUUCUCACAGGAUAGUGACUACGAUGAUGAUAGAGACUCGUCGCUGGGCGAGGACGACUCGAGUUCAACCGCUUCGUUAUCGAGUAGUAUAUUAGAAUACCGCACAAUCCACGGGCGAACGUAUCACAGUAAGAGUUGGGGCGACGCCGACUAUUGGACACCUAACGAUGCGAGACAAGCAAACUCUAUGGAUCUAACUCACCAUACGCUCACAUUACUACUAAACGGCAAGAUCUUUCUAGCUCCUAUUGGCGACGACCCUAGAAAAGUCCUAGAUAUCGGAUGCGGAACAGGAAUAUGGGCAAUCGACUUCGCAGACAUCUUCCCCAAAUGCGAAGUAAUCGGCACCGACAUAUCGCCCACGCAACCCUCCUGGGUCCCGGGGAACCUCCGCUUCGAGAUGGACGACUUCAACCAGACCCCGUGGACCUUCGCCCCGGGGACCUUCGACUUCGUACACAUGCGGUACCUGUGCGGCGGCGUCCUCGACUGGGACGCCCUGUACGCCGAGGCCUUCCGGGCCGUGCGCCCGGGGACCGGCUGGGUCGAGACGUGCGAGCCCGCGCUGCGGAUCCGCAGCGACGACGGGAGCAUCUGCGAGGGCGACGGGUCGGCGCUCGCGGCGUGGGGGCCCCUUUUUGAGGAAGGCGCGAGAAGGUACGGGAACAGGGUUCCGGGUAGCGCGAACUCGCGGCCCUCGAGGCCUAUGAAUGCCGUCGAGGACGGCACGCUCGAGCGCGCAUUUAGGAACGCGGGAUUCGUCGAUGUCGUUAUUCAGACGUUUAAGUGCCCGCUAACGCCAAACUCGAAUGAUCCGCACUUGUGUGAGGUAGGGCUAUAUGCGCAAGCUACGAUGGAGGAGGGCAUGGAGGGCUUUUUACUCUACCUUUUCACGCAAGGCCUGGGCUGGACCCAUGAGCAAGUUAUCCUCUAUCUAAGCCACGUACGUAAGGAGCUGCGCGACAGGCGGAAAUCACCGUAUGCACUAGUUCAGAUUAUAUACGGUCGGAGGCCUGAGAAUAGCUAAUCGACAGUCUUCGCCUUUAAGGACAGUCAGGAGAGGACAGGUGGUAUGCGUAAUAUGUUGUUGGCUAUUCGGUACCUAUUCUUGUUUAUGUAGAUAUUUAGACGUGUUGAUAAUACAGAUCGAAGGGAAACGCGCGGGGUUACUUAAGUCCAAGUAGGCU